AUGUCAGGUAACGACACCACAGAGAUAGUAGAACAGAGCACCUUCACAGCAGUUAUCCUCCCAACAUUCUAUCUCCUUCUCUCCAUCUACGUUAUCAUCGUCAACCUCAUAGAGCUCGUCAUCAUCACUAGGAUCAAAACUUCUUCCUCCACUAUCUUCAUUGCGAGCUUGGCGAUGACAGAUCUCACAAUGGGUAUAUUCGCUAUCCUACCCUCCUCCGUAUCCUUCCUACUAAAAUUCGACAAGUUCUUCCUUGGAGCCAUUCUCUGCGAUAUUUCAGGAGUGAUAUCGAACACGUCACUAUUUGCAUCCCUUCUGUCGGUGGUCUGCAUCACCCUGAACCGGUACAUAGCCCUAGCUGUACCACUACACUACAACAAGAUAUCCACCAACCAGACGGGGUAUACAGUGACCGGUUUGAUCUGGUUCAUUUCACUCCUUCGAUCCCUCGUUCCUUACUUCAAACUUGAAAGAUACCAAUAUGCGAUUAGCAUAGGAAUGUGCUCCUACGGUACCAACAUCUUCCAAGAGAACGAGAUCUACUACUACCCUCUAAUACAAGUUAUUCCUUACUCUAUCUGCUUCGUCUUCCUUAUCUUCUGUCCCUUACACAUGACAGCUCUGCUGUCUAAAAGACAGAGGCAAAGCACUACAAUGAGAUCAUCCCUGAGAAAGUCAGAAGAUAACAGCGGAGCAAAAGGAGCGUUCAGUAGACUCCAGUCUGGUUCCCUGAAGAAGAACGGGUCCCGGGCCAAGGGGAAAGCGAAACAGAACGAACGGGAAGCCACCACAACAACCCUCCUGGUUGUGUUGGGAUUUGUUGUGUGCUACUCUGUCAACUACUACUUCAUUUGCUACUACUUCGGUUAUUUGGUCCUUGGUUAUUGGCCCUUUGAGAUGGGGAGAGCUUGGGAUGUGUUAGAGACCCUUUGGAUGAUGGGAAUGAAUUUAAACUCUAUUUUUAACCCGAUUAUUUAUUUGUUCCGGAACACAGCUUUCAAAACGGAGCUGUUGAAGAUGAAACAGUCCGUUUUAAGGUUCUGCAAGUGUGCCGAGGACACAGGGGUCCACACUGUCAUUAAAGGCACCAGCUCGGGCAGUACCAGUUACAAAUCGUAG